GAUAAAGACGAUCUUGCCGCGGACGAGGAGAUGCGGAAGCUGAGUCAGAAGAGGAAGGACGUUGAUUCCGCUGCGCGGGAGAGCGAGGAGUUGAGGAAGAGGGCUGUACCGCGUGUGGGGAUGGGUGUGGAGGAUGUGUUGAGUGGGCGGGUCAGUGCGGUGGGGGGCAGCGCGCUGAAUAUCUUUGAGCGGGGGGAGGUGGUCGACUACGCUCGCGAAUCUGGCGAUGGGGGUGCUGAUGGCGGGAUCUAUUUCACCGGCACCAAGGCCGCGAAGAAGAUUAUCGGCUCGCUGACCCCUUCUCCCACCGCUCGAGGCAAUAAUUACGGUUAUGAUGAUGAGAGGGGUGAUUAUAACCUAGUCAUGGGCGACCACUUGGCGUAUCGGUAUGAAGUCGUGGAUGUGUUGGGGAAAGGCAGUUUUGGUCAGGUGGUGCGGUGUGUGGAUCACAAGGAGGGUGGGGUUGUGGCGGUGAAGAUUAUCCGGAACAAGAAGAGGUUUCAUCAGCAGGCUUUAGUGGAGGUGGGGAUUCUGGGGCGGUUGGGGGAGUGGGACCCCGACGGCGCCCACGCCACCCUCUCCCUAAUCAGCUCCUUCUACUUCCGCUCCCACCUCUGCAUCGUCACCCCCUGCCUCUCCAUCAACCUCUACGAGCUCAUCCGCGCCCACAACUUCACCGGCUUCCCCCUCCCGCUCAUCCGCCGCUUCGCGCGCCAACUCCUCGCCUGCCUCCUCCUCCUCCAAUCCAAACGCAUCAUCCACUGCGACCUCAAGCCCGAGAACAUCCUGCUGUGCGAAGCGCGCAAGGCCGACGUCCGCGUCAUUGACUUCGGCAGCAGUUGCCGCGAGGAGGAGAAGGUGUACACGUACAUCCAGAGUCGCUUCUACCGCUCCCCCGAGGUGAUUCUGGGCAGUGUGUACGGUUUGGGGAUCGAUAUGUGGAGUUUUGGGUGUAUUCUCGCGGAGUUGCUGACGGGGUAUCCCAUCUUCCCCGGGGAGAACGAGCAGGAGCAGUUGGCGUGUAUUAUGGAGAUUUUUGGCCCGCCGGACCGGCAUUUGGUGGAGCGGUGCACGCGGAAGAAACUCUUCUUCGAUUCGGUCGGUAAGCCGCGCGUUACCGUUUCUUCGAAGGGGAGGAGGCGUCGGCCGAGUUCGAAGACGUUGCAGCAGGCGCUCAAGUGCGAGGACGAGGCGUUCGUGGAUUUCGUGGCGCGGUGUCUGCGCUGGGAUCCCGAGCGGAGGAUGAAGCCGAGUGAGGCGGUGGGCCAUCCGUUCAUUACGGGCACGCCUAACACUAGUCCGGUGAAGAGGGCUGCGACGGUCGGGAACGCGUUCGCGCAGCAGCAUCACCAGCUGCAGCAAACGCCGGCGAGGGACCGGACACGCGCGCCAGAGACGCCGCAGACGGCUGUCCGGAAUGGCAGCUCCACUACGACUACGACGUCUGUUUCGACUACCACGACGCUGCAAGGCUCCCCGUCCAAGCUCAAUGCGGCACACCGGAGACAUAGCACCAUUGCUUCUGCUGGCAGUGCGGCGGCCGUGGCGGGCAGCAAGAGGGCUAGCAAUGCCGUUACGCUGGGUAGUGUUGGU